AUGUUUCAGGCCGUUGGUCGACAAGGAACUUUAUCCUCUAAAUUUUCAAGACCUCGACCUUUGUCUACUCCUGCAAACCCCACAUCACCACAUCAACAGCUCUUUAUCAAUACCAAGGAUACAAUGAAGCCAACCCUAUUUCUGCUCGGACUUCUAGCUGCGACAACCUCCGUUGUCGAGGGCAUAAUAUUCAAGAGUGGGAGUUCACCUCUUACAAGAUCAAACAGAAAUUGUGACGGCUCGAAUGCCAAUCCGCAGGUGGCGGCAAGCGACGGCACUGUCUCGUUUAAUCGAGCUGCAAAUUUACUUGUCACCGUCCCUAUCGUUUUGAAGGGAACCCCGAACGCCGCUUAUAACGUUCGUGUGAUCCAGAUUCCAUUUCCUAACCAGCAAUGCCCAUUGCCAAACUGUGCAAGUGGGGGCGGAACAUUGACGACGAACGCACAAGGGAUUGGAAACACCAAUCUUGUGCAGGCCGUGAACCCGGGUGCGACAGGGGUAUUCGUGGCCAUAAACAAAAAGAGUGACUGCAGCGAUUUUUUCACCAGUGGGGUGGUGGCAAUUGUCUAG